GUCUUUAAUGUGUGGAUGCGAAUGAACUUUUUAUGUUGUUGAAGAGCUGUAAAAUCCCUCGAGUCGCAAGUGAAAGGAAUCCAAAUGAUUUCCAUAAAAUUUCUGGGUCGAUUACUUUUUAAUUUGCGUCUCUGACGCUUUGCAGGAAUGUGUUUUUAGCCCGCGAAAGUCGUUUUUCGCCGUGCUGUGAACUGCGACGUCCAUUUCAGGGCAUUGCUGUGGUUCAUCUGGAUUACGAAUUCUUGAUAAAAAAAAUUAUCCAGACUGAAGAAACCCGGCUACGUGCGAUUUUGACCUUCAAAUCCAGCUGAAUUUUUGCUGCGGAUUCGUCGAAAUGGUCAAGACUAAUAAUUUCGAUGACGACGGGAACCUUGAUGUUCGAAAUGUGCUCCCAACUACCUCGAAACGAAAAUCAAGAAGUAUUUAUCGAAAUAUUUCGUCGAUUUCUGGAGAAGCCCGCGAAGAUUCCCCAGCUUCGGUUGAUUUCAGCCGUAUUCUAGAUGCUGUUCGUGUCGGAACUCCGCCAAAGCGUACUCCUCGAACGAGCAAAAUUCUUUCUUCUGCGAAAAAGCAACGCGAUUUAUCUGCAGAACCCAAUUCGGAGAGUGAAGAAGACCCAUUCGCAGACGAUGCGAGUUCCGAUGAUUACGUUCCCGAAGGAAACGACGAUGAUGACGAGGAGUUGGAACCUAGUGAUGAUGAUGAUGAAUCUGGGAAGGCGAAGAAUGAUUCAGACGAAGAAAGUAGCGAUGCAGCGGAUGGAAAACUCGAUCAUAUUUUAUCUGCCAAGAAAAGGAAGAAGAAAGAAGACCAAACCCAACACAGCGUAGAAAUGUCUUCAAAAACGGAGAAAAGACGGACGCCGUAUUGCUUUUCGAAGAAGAAAGUGAAAAUGUCUGGGAAAACUCUCGAGGGCCUGGAAAUGCAGCAGCUGGAUGCAAAUUUCAUAGCGAAAGAAGUUUCCAAGAUGUCCAUAUCAAAUACUCACCCAGUUGAACACGCUGCUCUUACGGAAAAUUUAGAUAUUCAGUUUCUACAAUGGCUAACGUAUAUGAGGUUCGGCUGGAAUAUCCUGUUGACCGGACUGGGUUCGAAACUUCCUGUUCUGACGAAAUUCAAGAAACUUCUGGGCAGAAAGUCAAACAUUGUUCACUUCAACGGGUAUUUACCGCAAGCUGAUGUGAAACUGCUUUUGAAAGCCAUCAUUGAAGGAAUACUGGAAAAAGUUACUCCUUCUGCAUUGGGAGCACAGUUGGACCUCAUAAGAGAAACUUUUGACUCCUCGGCGAAGGAGCAGAAGCUCACCUUUGAUGUCGACGUCUUCAUUAUCAUUCAUGGCCUGGAAAACUGUGUGAAAUCCAGCAUUGCUCGCAUGGAAACCUUUAGGGAUGUGUUGUUGAAAUUGGCUCCCAUGAAAGGGAUUCACAUCCUGGCCGCUGUGGACAAUGUUCAUUACCCUGCACUGUUCACCGUAUCCGAGCAAGAAGCACUCAAUUUCCUCACCGUCAAGAUCCACACUUUUGAGCCGUACCUGAUGGAAACCCGUUGGACUGGAACCGGGGUUUCAGGAAGUAACAAGAAGAGUUCGAGAGGAGGCAUUAAGGGUUCGACUGCUUUUGCUGCCCUGGAACACUUAUUCUGCUCACUGACUAGGAACACCAAGAAGAUCUUCUUUCUGCUCGCCCGACAUCAACUGGAAAGGUCCUCCGGUGGGGAAGAAAUCACUUUCAGUGAGUUUUACCAAAUGUGCCGAGAUGAGAUGUUGGUGACGUCAGAUGCGGCUUUGCGGAAUCAGCUUGUGGAGUUUGUGGACCACGAGUCUAUUUGUUUUGUCAAACGGAAAUCCGAUGGUCAAGAAGGUCUGAGAAUUCCUUUGGAAAAUUCCAUUCUCGAAAAAUUCGUUGAAACGUAUGAUAACGAUGAAAUAUGA